AUGUGCGCGUUAUGCUGGGUGCCAAAUUUUCUGAGGCGCAAGGCUCGCUGCAGAAGCGGCAUCUGCACCAUAUUGGAGCAGCCAGCAAACAGCAAGAUGCGGCCUCUCCUAUCAACGCGGAUAUGCCCCCUGUGCUUGUUCACGACGGGCUCGCGGACAGCACCGGCUCUGUGCCAGCCAUGGGCCACACAACGGUCCUAUGCCGUGGCCCGAGGCGCCUGGAAGGGCGGCCGCUCCUCCAGCCCAUCCCGCAUGGUGCUCUCCGAUGAUGUGAGCAGACCUGCUGCCGCACGAGACGGCCGAGGCCGAGACAGCGAAAAGGCGAGGAGGCGCCCCGGGCCGUUCGGCGGCAUGAACCAGACUGAGUUCAGAGGCAGAGACAGGUCUCCCGGCGCCGCGCCGAGGUCCCAGGGCAGCCAGGGCGGUCAGAACAGGGACAGGGGCAAGAAGGACGAGCGGCGAACGAAGGCCAUGAAGAUGCAGAGCUCACUGGCCACGGUCUCGUACGGCCACAGGACACGGAUGAAGGCCAACAUUAGCGACGUCGAGUCCUUCGACCAGUUUGAGCUUCUACCGGACGUGAAGAGGGCCGUGACCGACGAGGUCCUCAAGGGCAUGACCGACAUCAAGCCGACGCCCGUCCAGCGACUUGCGAUCCCCGCCCUGCUCGGCCAGUACACCGGGAGAGGACCCAAACCCAAGGCCAACCCCGGGCGACAGGAGUUCCUGCUCGCUGCAGAGACCGGCUCGGGCAAGACUCUUGCGUAUCUUGCCCCUGCUGUCCACGCGUUGAAGCAGGCCGAGGCGGCGGAUCCAGAGAUCGCCAAGUAUCGUGAAUACUUUGCCCAGCAGAGGGAGGCCAUGCAGGCCCCCGACUAUACCGGCCCUCGCGAGUUCGAACCCCACCCAACGGCUGCGAGGCCGAAGGUGGUCGUCCUGGUCCCUUCAGCGGAACUCGUUGACCAGAUCGGCGCCGUAGCAAAGUCACUGUCGCACGUUGCCAAGUUCAAGUCCGUCACGCUGUCGGCCAACAAGUCGGCCGCCGUGAUUGAGCGGGGCAUAUACAGCCCCGGCGGCGUUGACUUGGUGGUCACUACGCCUCACCUGCUGUCCUCCAUUGCAGAUUCCGACCCUAAUAUCCUCUCCCGGGUCAGCCAUCUCGUGGUUGACGAGGCCGACUCCCUGUUCGACCGAAGCUUCUCGGCCGUGACCACAGCCAUUUUGGACCGCGCACUACCCUCCAUUAAGCAACUGGUAUUGUGCUCGGCCACGAUCCCCAAGAGACUGGACAACUACAUGGUCACGCAGUUCCCGGACAUGGUACGCAUCACGACGCCUAACCUGCAUGCUAUUCCUCGCCGUGUCCAAUUGGGCGUGGUCGACGUAUCCAAGGACCCCUACCGCAACAACAAGAACCUUGCAUGUGCAGAUGCCAUCUGGAGCAUCGGCAAAGAUGCGGCGCGACACGAGACUUCUGUUCCUGGUGAGAUCGACGUGAAGCGCAUCAUGGUUUUUGUCAACGAACGUGAGAAGACGCAGGAGGUAGCCGAGUACUUGGUGUCCAAAGGCAUCGACGCCGUGGCCCUGCACCGAGAUACUUCGGAGCAGCGGCAGUCGGAGAUGCUAGGCUCGUUCACAACGACAGAGCCCAUGAAGGCGGCCAUCGAGGUGUCCCAGGUCCCGGCAGGCAAGCGAUCGUUGCCCAACACCAAGGUCAUUGUGGCGACAGAUCUCGCGUCCCGAGGCAUCGACACGCUCGCAGUGCGCCAUGUAAUUCUAUAUGAUGUACCACACACUACGAUUGAUUUCAUCCACCGACUCGGUCGGGCGGGGCGCAUGGGCAGGAGAGGCAGGGGCGUUGUGUUGGUCGGCAAAGACGACCGACGGGAUAUCGUCGCUGAGGUUAGAGAGAGCAUGUUCAUGGGACAGGCGCUGAUUUAA